AUGUCUAAGAAGAUGAAAGGGGUUUCUUUGGAUUCAACGCCAUCUUAUGACGGUGGUGUUUAUGAGGAUACUAAGGCCAGGUUAAAGCAUCAGAGCCUCUUGCAAGACUAUCAGGAGCUACAAAAGGAAAACCAUGGGAUGAGAAACAACUUGCAGACUGCAAAACAGAGGAAGCAGAUACUGGCAGCUGAAGUUCGGUUUUUGCGAAAGAGGCACAAAUAUCUUCUCGAAUCAAAGUGUUUGAAUUCGCUACAAGAACAGCAACUUGUACCACCACCACCACCAUAUGCAGUAAACCAUUCUACAAAGAAAAAGAAGGAUCAAAUGUUCAGCAGAAAAGAUGCCUCUCUGAAUAAAAUUCCACAAGUUCCAGACUCCCUAUCCAAGAGGAAACAUAUUGGAAAAGAAGCCGCUGCUCGUACUGCAUUACCAGUUAUUAAUAUUGAGCGUAAGCAAAAGUUGCGUGGUAAAAAGGAAGAUUCUCAACGUGCUUCAACUCCAAAUUCUGAUAUGAACAGAGGAAGGACAAAUAUUAGGAAAGAACCUGUAAUGCGAAACACGCCACUGGUCUUUAAUUUGAAUGAGAAGGAAAGAGUGUGGGGUGCCAAUGAUACUGGUCCGAGGAACUCAGUUGCAGCUUUUGAUUUGAACCGUUAUAGUAGUGGGAAAGAAGCUCGUUUGCCAAGCCGAGCUCCAAUCUUCGACUUGAAUGAAAUUUCGACAGGGGAUGAGGAUUUUCAGAGUAAUUAUGAACUCUUGAAGCUAGAUGAUGCAAGAAAAGGUUUAGUUAGAGAUUUACACGAUGAACAGCAUAAUGACCUUAAAUUGUCGGUGUGUAGAAAUGCUGGCAAAGGUACUACCCGGGUUGGGAAGCGGAAAAUUUCAUGGCAGGACCCAGUUGCAUUGAGAGUUUGA